AUGACCACAGACGUCUUCUCCGUUCCCGUCUUCCUCAUCGUCUUUCGCGAGACGCUUGAAACCGUCAUCAUCGUCUCGGUCCUGCUCGCCUUUCUCAAGCAGACUCUCGACGGUCCCAAUGGAAAUGCCCAGGUGUACAAGUACCUCAGGCGACAGAUCUGGGUCGGCGUCGGCGCCGGCUUCCUCGUCUGCAUGAUAGUUGCCGGUGCCAUCAUCGGCGUCUACUACACCGUGCGGCGCAACUCGUGGGAGGCCAAUGAAAACUACUACGAGGGCGCCUUCUGUCUUCUUGCGUCCGUCAUCAUUACCAUCAUGGGUGCUGCCCUCCUCCGCAUCGGCAGGAUGCAGGACAAGUGGCGUCUCAAGCUCGCAAAGGCCGUCGAGGCGCCGCUCAGCACCGAUACCCGACACUGGUGGGCCCGUUUCAUCGAGAAAUAUGCCAUGUUCUUUCUCCCCUUCAUCACCGUCCUCCGCGAGGGCAUCGAGGCCGUCGUCUUCACCGCCGGCGUCUCUUUCACGGCACCCGCAACGGCCGUGCCGCUGCCCGUCGUGGUAGGCCUUUUCGUCGGAAUCCUCAUCGGAUGGGUCCUGUACAAAGGUGGAUCGACGGCUCGGAUGCACCUUUUCCUCGUCGUCUCGACCUGUCUGCUAUAUCUCGUCGCUGCUGGCCUCUUUUCCCGAGGCGUCUGGCACCUGGAGGCACAGAAGUGGAAUGAUGCCGUAGGCGGCGAUGCCGCGGAAACCGGCGCUGGUCCAGGCUCCUAUGACAUUGACAAGAGUGUCUGGCACGUCAACUGCUGUCAGCCGACCGGCCCCAAUGCCGGUGGUUGGAGCAUCUUCAAUGCCAUCCUUGGCUGGACCAACUCGGCGACAUACGGCUCCGUCAUUUCCUACAACGUCUACUGGAUCGCCGUCAUCAUAGGCUUCAUCGUCAUGCGAUUCCACGAGACCAAAGGUCGCUGGCCAUUCAUGAAGGCAAAGCCUCACCAGCCAUCGCGUGCUGAGAGCGGGAGUGAAAGCGAAGGCCGCCAGGGUGGCGUCCUCGACACCAAGGCCGCAGCGCGGGAGACUGCGACAACCGUCAACGCGUGA